AUGGGGGAAGAUAGGGUGAAGAUUUACGGAAAUUUCAACGAGAUGAAUAAAUUUUCCUCAUGCAGAUUCUCACUGCUUUUUAAAUUGAAGAUGCUGAAUUUUAUGAAGAGAUUCGGGAAAACACCCAUCGGAAUUUCUUUUGGUGGAUUUUUUCGAGUGAAACGCAAUUUCCCGAUUAAAAUGUUGAGUAGUUUUUACUCUAUUCUUUCUGCUCUUAUCGAAUUGGCAAAGAAGAACGAAAGUACGAAAUGUACUUCUUCACGUUUGCUGAAUGCAAAAAGAACAGCUGAGAAUCUUCACGACACUAGUUCUAUUCAACCUUUUAUUGGAAACGUAGUUAAGUGGUACACAGAAAUGUUUAUUAAUUCUGAUGAUUUCGUGGCAUUUGUAGGAAUUGUACGAAGGAUGAUUGGUGGUAAGAAUGUUGAAAUUAAGGAUUAUCCAUUUAUGAUUGCCCUGUUUUUAGUAGUAAAUGAUAUAGAUGAAGAUUAUUUUCUUGGAUGUUACUCAUUGAUAACAACCAAAACUGCACUGGGUGCCGCUCGCCCAAUAGUAGAAAAGGAACCCGAUGAAAUAUAUGGGACAAUUGGUAACAAAGAUAAAUUCCUUGGACAGAAAGUGAAUUUCAAAGAAUUAAUUCCACAUCCGUACUAUAAAGGCACUGUAUUCCUUUAUGACAUAGCAGUUUUAAUACUAGAUAAUGACGUUUCUCUUCCUCCACAUGUACAAACAAUCGCUCUACCACGUACCAAUAAAGAAUACUAUUCAGGAAUGGCAACGAUGGUUGGAUGGGGAAUCAUUGGAACAGACCGGAAGGACACAACGCGUUUCCUAAAAGCGACCUCAGUUAGUAUAGUGAACGCUUCCGACACUAUUUAUAAAGAUAAUCCGUUGUACGAGAGCAGAUCAGUAGUCCUUACACAACAAGCUGAUGUUUCCAUAAUGCCAGGUGAUUCUGGUGGUCCCCUUGUAUAUGAGAAAGAUGAUGGAAAACGGGUUCAAAUUGGAGUGUUAAGUGCAGGUCAGAUGAUACCGGAUGGGUUAUUAUAUAUUCAUAUCUUAUCUGUAUAUCAUAGAAAGGAACCCGAUGAAAUAUAUGGGACAAUUGGUAACAAAGAUAAAUUCCUUGGACAGAAAGUGAAUUUCAAAGAAUUAAUUCCACAUCCGUACUAUAAAGGCACUGUAUUCCUUUAUGACAUAGCAGUUUUAAUACUAGAUAAUGACGUUUCUCUUCCUCCACAUGUACAAACAAUCGCUCUACCACGUACCAAUAAAGAAUACUAUUCAGGAAUGGCAACGAUGGUUGGAUGGGGAAUCAUUGGAACAGACCGGAAGGACACAACGCGUUUCCUAAAAGCGACCUCAGUUAGUAUAGUGAACGCUUCCGACACUAUUUAUAAAGAUAAUCCGUUGUACGAGAGCAGAUCAGUAGUCCUUACACAACAAGCUGAUGUUUCCAUAAUGCCAGGUGAUUCUGGUGGUCCCCUUGUAUAUGAGAAAGAUGAUGGAAAACGGGUUCAAAUUGGAGUGUUAAGUGCAGGUCAGAUGAUACCGGAUGGGAUGCUGAAUUUUAUGAAGAGAUUCGGGAAAACACCCAUUGGAAUUUCUGUCGGUGGAUUUUUUCGGGUCAAGCGCAAUUUCCCGAUUAAAAUGCUGAGUAGUCUUUACUCUAUUCUUUCUGCACUCAUCGAAUUGGGAAAGAAGAAUAAAAGUACGAAAUGUACUUCAUUACGUUCCCUGAAUGCAAGUAAUAUUCAGAACACAUCACUGUAUUGA